AUGAAACUUCGUGGCGUGUUUCGAGCGACCAAACUGCCGUCUGGACAGCAUACCAUUGGCACCAAGUGGGUAUUCAAGAUCAAACGGAAAGCUGAUGGAUCCAUCGAGAAAUACAAGGCGCGUCUCGUGGCAAAAGAGUUCAAGCAGAAAUAUGGCAUCGACUACACGGAAACGUUUUCGCCGGUAGUCAAGUACGUGACGCUGCGCAUGGUGGUUGCAAUCACGAAGUACUUUGGCUGGACACUGGACCAACUGGACGUGGUGACAGCUUUCCUUUACGGAGAAAUGAAGGAAAAGGUAUUCUGCGCGAUCCCAGAAGGAGUCGAAGUUGAUGAAGACUUUGACUGCUUUGAACUGGUCAAGGCGAUCUACAGACUAAAACAAGCAUCGCGCGUAUGGAACGAGACUUUUCAUGAGUUCGUCUGCUCCAUUCGAUUUCAAGUCUUCGAUUUUGACCCGUGUCUUUAUCUCAAGAUUACAAGUGGCGAGUGCGUGCUUUUGCUGGUAUACGUCGAUGAUGCGUUGGUGACUGGCAGCUCAACCGAACUGAUUUUUUGCACCAAGAGUGACUUAAAGGCGCGUUUCGAAAUGACCGACAGUGGGAAGUGCGCAUUCGUGUUGGGCAUCGAGCUGGUGGACAACGACAACGGUAGCGUGACGAUGUGCCAGCGACGCUACGUGGAAGAUGUUCUCAAGCGUUUUGGCAUGAGCGACUGCAAAGCCGUCACCAGCCCAACAGACAUCAGUUCUCGACUCAUACCAAGUACCGCAGCAACUAAAAUCGACGCCCCGUUUCGUGAAGCGGUAGGCGCUCUGAUGCACUUGAUGACCGCGACACGACCGGACAUUGCCUUUGCUACUGAUGACAAGAUAGACUUCUGUGGCUACUCGGAUGCAGACUGGGCCGGCGACCAUGCAGACCGCAAGUCGACUUCAGGAUAUGCGUUUAUCCUGAUGGGUGCUCCGGUGAGCUGGGGAAGCAAAAAGCAGUCAAGUGUGUCGCUGUCAACAAGUGAAGCUGAGUACAUUGCACUAAGUCUGGCGAUUCAAGAAGGCAAUGUUGAAAAGACAGCGGCUGUGAAGAAUGUUGAAAAGACAGCGGCUGUGAAGAAGACACCUCGUCAAGCUGCGUCAAGUGUUGAAGCAAGUGGAAGACCAAGCUUCGCUAAACCGGUGGGUACCGGUAUGUACCAGUAA